AAUUAUACAGGGCAGAAAGGGUUUAACGGCGCGAGGUUCAUCACCACUUACUAAGUAAGUACUUGAGGAAAGUAUUCUGUCCUGGGUGAAAUCUCAGAUCAAUCAUCAAUUACAAGUUCCAAGAAAAAGGUAUGUUUCAAUGCAACAAGUUUAUUUACUAGCAUCAAGUAGACCUUCUCUACAAAGAUUUUCAAGGGACGAAGUAUCAUACAAAACAACACUCUGAUGAACGCAUAUAUGAUAUAUUUUGUUCUCUCUUCUUAGUCAUCGAGUUUAUCCAGGAUACACACUAAUUUUUCCAUUAGGAUCUUAAGGUACUUGAAAUAAACCAGCUAGGCGGCCAAUACAAUCGUCGACACACCCACACUACCAGAUUAUAACAUUCCCCAAAAGUUGAAUGAAAUGUAACUGGGAACUAGGAGCGCAAACCGUGACGCUGGCACUGCAAAUAUAGAGAGGGGGUAUUUGAUUGGAAUCAAUUUUCUAUUUUCAGGGAUGUCUGAAAGUAAAAACAUACCUACAGGAAUUAUUUACUUCAAAGACCUGUGAAGACUGCUUUCUAUCUCUUCGAAACUGAUCAUUGUUUUAACCUGCCUUGAAGUCUCUUGAUCGUUGGAAGAGGUUUAGCUUCGUGUGCUUUCCGUGUUUGCAUAGCCUGAAAAAACACGAGAGGAUUUUGGAUAGGGGAUUCCGGUUGAAGAAGGUUUUAUAUUUCGUUUUCCACGGCUUUUCCUUUCUUUUACGGUUCAGUAGUUCUCGGUGACGAAGAUGUGAAUUUAUGUAGCCCAUAUUUCCUUUAGGUAAUUACUCGUGUUUCUCCAUCUUUCGACCACCGCCCAAUUGCAAAACAGAACUGAAAUAAAUUAUGCGAGCGGGGCUGUCCCAAAGUUCGUAUGAGUCCCUUGUGUUUUGUUCUAUUUCAAUUAGACACACUUAUCUUCUAUCUAUUGAAUAAGUAGUAGAAAAUUCACAACAUGGGUGGACCUCUAGAGGCCAAGUAACACUCUGGCCAGAAAAAAAAAAACAAAACAACGUCUCCGUUUCAGCAGCUUUAGAGGUCAGGAAAAAAUUUGGCAAACAUAAUUUGUUAUUAUGGUAUAUUUUUUUUACCGAAAUCGGUAACAACUAAGAAAAUUUGUUCUUUGUUAGAAUUUCAUGGGAGACUGGAUCCGAAGGAAAUAAAUUACCCACAUUAGUCUUUCAAAAGGGAAUAGAUCGACCAGAAUUGAAAGUCAUAUCACAUUAUUUUUUGUUUAUUGUGCAACUUAGAUGCCUUAUAAAUCAGUAUCAGUUUAAGGGCCCAUUAAAGUAUUUCGUUGCUAAACCUUGUUACUAAGAAAUUGAAAAUUGUUUUUUCGUUUUUUUUUCUGCGAAAAGUCUGAUAAAGAAUAUUGAAUAUCGAUGUUCAAGAAUCAUUAGCAACAGCAGUCUGAAACUUCCAUCAGUUGCAAAAGCAAUUAAGCGCAAAAGCGGUCAACUUGACUGUCUUCAAGAUGUGGUUUGCUCCCCCUUUAAUACCGUUUGUCUUAUUUUAAAAGACUGGAUCAUUCAAAGUCUACAAGAAUUAACAAUGGUUUUUCAGUAAAACUGCCUCGAAUUUGGGAAAAAGGGUUUUUACCAUCAGUGAACCAAGCUAUUUAAUGAACUCCCAAUUGGACUUCGAUCUUUGACUUCGAAAAUUUUAUUCAGGGCUUAAUUUAAUCUAUGAAAUGUUAAUCUUUUUAACAAGCCGACGAGGAGGAGAGGAGUGAGGAGUGAGUUUGUAAUUUUUUAGCAGAGCUUCUCUGUUUGUUGCGCCGAACUCAUAAGGAGCCACAAGCAGGGCACAAGAAUGGUGAAACAGCUGUCUACGGCUACAACCCAGCUCUGUUUUGAGUUCUUUCGGUGUCUUAUUAAUGUCUGGGGUUAAUUUUCCCGUGGUAAGAUCAGCUUUGCAGCAUUCAAUGUAUCCACUUAGGGACCACUUUUUAUAAUUUUGUUACAUAUACGCGCAGUUACAGCUUGAAGACUUUUCUCUAGCAAUGGCCUCAGAAGAAAUAAUGGGCCCUAUACAUGUUAUUUUACUCACAAAGAAGGGAUACAUUAUACAGACACCUGACACUAUUAAUUAAUUCUUCCCUUGUCAUUCCAGCUGAUUCUUUUUGCUCCUGGGAUUCAAUUCAAGAUGAUGAAGGUAUCAUGUUUGGUCUUCCUUACUUUUACCUUGGUCCUCUGCCAUCAAGUUGUGAAUAAGAGGGGAAACUUAGCUUUCAAAGGAAAACUUCAAGUCACUCCAGAAAGUACAAACCAAGCACUUGCUAAUCUGAUGACGGCAGGCAAGCCUAUCAGCGAUACCGAUGGAUCAGGGAUAGUUUCUAUGGCUUGUGACAUGGAGGACAUGACACCGCAUUGUACACCUAAAUAUGGAGGUUUCUUUUGCAAUUUCGGACAGACGACCUGCUAUGCUACAGGCACGGUAGAUACAGGGGAAGUGAAAGUGUAUUCAAAAACCCAUGAACCUAUAGAUAGCGUCCCAACUGGCAGCGAUCAAUGUGCUAACCGGCCAGAAUUUCAAGCCAUAUUUCUUCGUUACGCCGAAUAUGGAGAUUCGUACACGUUCCUUAAUCCGAACGUGGCUCCUUGGUUCUUUACUUCCCCGCUUAAGGGUUGUGACGUGUUCGUGGCAACUGAAAAAAACCACGGCGCUUCACCCCUUGUUAUACACUCAAAUCGAAACCAAUUCAAAAAAGAUCCGGUAAAAAAUCUCAGCGAUAAGGAAAAAUUUGUUAAGGACUUAUUAAAAAACGAGCAAAGAAGUUACAAGGUGAUUGCUCGCAUUUACAUGAGCAAGGUGCCAAGCAACGAGGAAGAACUGAUAGCGAUCGUUGAUUAUAUCAAAAAAUAUUAUGAAAGUAACCCGGGAGUUAAGUUAAUUUCCUACAACGAUGGCAAUCAGGGCCACCAAUUUAUUGGUCAUUAUAAUAAUGACUUUAAUACAUGGCGAUUUAUUAACAAGGGAGAGAACGAUGGUAAUAUAGCUGAAUUUAGCGUUAAUGGAGAGGGAAACCUUGUAUAAAUUCUAAAAGUCAUGCAAAACUUGGGAAAUUAUUUAGUAUAUGAAGUAUUUCAAGG